AUGUCUUUGCCUUACCCUAAUCCCCUAGCAGGGUACGAGAAUGCAGAGCCCUUGCCGGACACGAUCAAUCCCGAUGGCAAGUCGCUGUACAAUCCGCCUGGUCCUAAGUCAAAGACGUACGACCAGUUUCCAACCCAGUUCAAGCCGGGCAAGAACGGGUUCGACUUCCACAUCUACUACAUCCAGACAGAUGAAGAGGAGACCAAGUUCGCCCGAGCCCUCCACGAGCGGAUAAGGCGCGAAUUCCCCGAGAUCCGGAUUUACAGGUUCUGGGAUCGUCCUGUCGGCCCACACCCGGUUGCGAUGUUCGAAGCGAAUACGUUCUCCCCUCACCAAACUGGGGCGCUGUUCUCUUGGCUUGCCGUGAACAGGGGUCCGUGCUCGGUACUGAUACAUCCGAACACCGACGACCCGUAUAAGGAUCACACAGAGCUGGCGACAUGGAUGGGCCGUGUGUGGCCCUUGCGCACAGAGAUGCUGCGGCCAAGAACCGCCGCAGUCGCCGCUAGUGCGCCGAGCACCGCGGUAUCGGCUUAG